AUGAAACUUGCUAAUUUUUUAAUCGUUUCAAUCAUCAGUUGGAUAUUAUGGAUAUCUGUUAAAACUACUCCAACCAAAAAAGGGGUAGCUGAUGAAAAAGUUUACACAGCAGAGGAACUCGCUGAAAUGUUGAAUAGUGGGGCUGAAUCGUCUGCCAAUCCUCAAAUUCAUAAAUAUAAAGAAAAAUUAACGAAGACUGACAAAGAUAGAAAUAAUGGAAAAGGCAAAGUGUUUAACAGAAGUGAAUAUAAUAAAGAAUAUUACCGAAAAAAUAAAAAAAAGUGUGCUGAAAAGGAUCGAAAAUACCGAGAACAAAAUAAAGAAAAAAUAAAGGAAAAUAAUCAAAAUUACUAUAAAAUGAAUAGAAGCGCAAGAAUUCAACAUAUGAAAAUUUACUAUCAUAAAAAUAAAGAAACGAUAAUGAAAAGAAAGAAAAUAUAUAACCAAAAUAAUAAGGAAAAGUGGAAUAAAUACAUGCGAGAAUACCGACAAAGAAAGAAAAGUCAAUCUGAUAAUAAUGAAGGAACUUCAUUUGUUAAUCCGCAGACUGGUGAUUUUAUUAAUAAAGGUAAAUUACCAAUUGUUUGUCAGGAGGAAGGAAAUCUUUUUAAUCAAGGGGAAGAUGAAUGCAAUAAAGGCGAGAAUGAGCAAAAUCAAAUCGAGGUAGAUGAGGCAAAUAAAAUUCUUGAAGAGAACACAAAUGACCUAGAUGAUCUAGAUGCGAACAAGAAAAUUCAUUCUUUUGAUCUGAACGAGAUACCAUUUGAUUUGAACGAGAUGCCCGAGGAUAAAGAAAUGGAAAAUUAUUAA